UCUUGCUUACGUAAAUAAGAACUAAACCACACAAUCUUUUUCUUGAACACCCUUCCAUAAACGUAGUAACACUCCAUGCCAUACAACAUCAUUUCUACAACGUGUACCCUAAAUCCCCCACUCAAUCAAUAUACUCAUCUCCUUGUACCUCAUGUCUUUUAAAUAAUACUUCAAACUCUUCUUCCAAUAAACAACUAAGCAUCUUCUUCUUUUUUGUUUUGUUCAAGUAUGGAUCAAGAAAACAAGUUGAUCCACAACACCUCAACAUGGAAGACAAGAAACCCCACUUGCCAUAUUCAAACUUCAUUGUCCCUUCAACAAAAUGAUCACAGGCUCAAGUGUAACUCUUCAAAUCAAACAAGCAAUGAUCAUGAUGAUGAGGGCAAAGAGAAAGAGAAUAAUGAGAAUGGUACUAGGGUUGAGGAGAUUACGGGGCGUGAGAGGUUGAAGAGGCAUAGAGAAGAGGUGAAGGGAGAGGUUAAGAUACCAGAAAACUGGGAGAAGGAACCGAAGCUGAAGGAAUGGGUUGAUUACACAACGUUUAAUGCAUUAAUAUCUGUUCCUCAUGCAUUGAUUGUUACUGCUCGUGAUGCCCUUAUUGCUGAUGUACGUAAAUCAAGAUCGCAAAGACUGAGGAUCCAUCACUAGUAAUUUAUUUUGAAAUUUUUUAUUUUUCUCAUGGCCCUUUAUAUAUACUACAGCAAAAUAAUUAAUGGGUCAUUCAUGAAUUAGACCUAGCUACUAUUUUUCUCAAUUUGUUAAUUCAUAUUUGGCAUAACAAAGGGAAAAUAAGAACAAGCAUAUAGAGAUAUAGACAUUUAUGAGAGUUUAUGAAUUAAUAUUUCAUAUAGAGAUUUAUGAGAGUUUAUGAACUAAUAUUUCAUAUAGA